AUGGCUACAUCCACCGGCUUCCCACGCAUGUCCUUCGGGGCCAACAACAACCUCGAUCUGACUUUGGAUCUUCCAAUUGUCCUCUUCCCCCCUUCAGACGAUCUGCCUUCGCCCAUCUAUGCGAGUGACGAUGAGGAUGCUCAGCGAACACCAACCACAGCCACCGUGCCCCAAAUUCCAAACCGCAGCACACGUCGAACAAACAACGAAUCACCGACACUAAGCAACCCCAAGGUCCCUCGCCAUCCUAUCCCCUCAAUGCAAGCCGCCUUUGCCGAGUCAUUCCUCGAAGUCGCCGACGGCAAUCCUACCCAGAAACCGAAACUCAAAACUGCUGAUGCGAAGAUUCGUCGCGAGGAGCUUAUUAGCCAGGAACGCGAAGAUGAUCUUCCCGACAUGCUCUGGCGCUUUCGCCCAGGCCAGCAGCAACACGAACUUCAGAAGCUCAUGGCUCAAAUAUCAUUCGGGGUUUACUUACUGCUCCACGGCAUGGCCAACAGCGCGGCCCAGGUUGUCAGCAUUCUGCAGGGGCAUAUCGACGAAGUAGACGAGUUUCUCGAGGUGGUCAUGGAGGACUUUGAGCAGGCGACCAAUGAUUUGAAAGAGAGGAUCGACUACCUCCGCUUGCCCAUGGAGAACCUCGAGGUCUUUGAGAAACUACUAGAGGACCGCAACUUCCGACUUGAGAUCGUUCAAGGAAACGAAAAGAUUGAGCACAUCGUAGCUCGCACCAAUAUUCAGCUCGAACAGUACGACAAGGACGUCCAGCAUGGCCUCGCCGCAACCAAGGAGUUUGCCGUCUAUCUGGCACACCAAAAUGCGGGUAGUUGGCGUCAAGAUCGCCCAGACGUUGUUGACAUCUUCGCCGCGAUGAAGGGCAACACCGAGGGCUGGUACAACGCAUUUGUGGAGUUGCAAGCUCAAGGAAAGGAGCUGAAUACCCUGGUCGUCAAACUGGGGAAGAUGGUGGCUGAAAUGAGCAAAAAGGCCGGAGAAGCCAGCAUCCCGCCGUUUAGUCUACCGCUGCAAGGCACUCGAGCCGACGACGCCUCAUCACAUUCACCGCCGUCUUCGCCUCCAUCUUCCAGAGACGCAAGGCGCUCUACUCUACGCGCGAAUAGCGUGAGCGGCUCUAUCUCUGCUGGAGAAAGGUCAAGCUCCAAUCUGGCCUACUUUGAUAUCCCAAUGCAGAUCCCAUCGCCAGUAGCUUCACCUGACCAGCGAUCGGUCAAGACGCAUAGGACAUCACACUCAAAUAACACGAUGCAGUCAUUCCACACUUCGCACUCGCACAAUACAAUACACUCACAAACCACCACCAAGUCCCACAAAACUACACACUCACACAAUACCAAUCACUCACACGAGACAGCUCGAACCAGCAACACCACUCGCACAAAUCAGAGUUCUCAUUCAAUCGCACCGAAGCUCACCCUGGAGACCCCCGACGGUCCUAUCACCGAGCCAGUUGGUGCCGAGGAGAUGGAAGUGACCCUUGACGACGGACCACUGUACCUACUACAGCCAAGAACGUACACUCCGCAACCACCCGAAGAACGCACGCCUUCACCCGCCCCGACCGAGUCAAGCAGAUCCCAGCCCCAGCGUGAGGCACCUUUACCGACGAAGAAGACGUCGCUUCGUCAAAGAGUGUCUCUAAAGACGACCCCUCCGGAAUCGAUACAGAUUCCACCGCCGCCAUUAGACCUUCACCACACUGCGCGAGAGUCUGGUCGAGAGCGCCACGCUCCAGAUUCUGCUUACGGCUCAGACUAUGAUCAGCGACAGCGUUAUCAUGGAGGAGCAAACGAGCUCUCUCCGCCUGUUCUGCCACCAGUGAUACCAUCUCCAAGAUCCGAACACCAAUAUUACCGCCCGGUGCAAGCGAGCCCACACUCUCCGUUGCAACAAAGGCCGCUCACGGCCGGUGCGCAACCCAGAUCUCCCUAUGGCCACCAGUCAGGGUACUAUCCUACUCACCAGAGGAACGUACCGUCUCGCCUAGGAGGCGCAAGCAUGCUAAGCACAGUGACGACCAUGACAUACGACUCACAGAUGACGGCGAGCGGAGAAAAACGACUGAAGAAGAAACGUAGCGCAUUUGGCUGGCUGAAGAAAGCCUUCUCGCUUGACGAGGAGGAGCAACGAGCAUACGAAGCGCGGAGGCAGCAGCAAACACCCAACAUGUACUACGACAACAGAAGCCCCAAGUUUCUAGACGGCAAGAGGGUAGCCCCACCGCGGACUGCAGACAGCGUCUAUCGUCAAGCCUAG